AGUGUUCACUGUGAGAUUUCUUUGUAUUUAUAUUUAGUGGUUGUUCAAUUUUAUGCAGCCUAAAAGUGAUCAGAGGUUGUGUAAACUGGAAGGGAGGGAAGAAUCCACCAGAGCCCAAAUGGGUGUGAAUCAACCACUGGGUGUUAUUCAUAGAAACUGCAUGGAGAACUCUCGCAAUAGCUGAUGUUUGUCAUUCAGUAGUUGACAAGAGGCGUACAUGAAACUGCCACAAGUGAGUUAGUACAGGGUAGCAUAAAAAUACCUUUAAAAAUAUCUUUUAAUACACACUGGGACCUGAAAGAUUUCAAAAAAACAAAUAUGAACAGAAGAGAUGAACGCAGAACUUUCUGUUUGCAGCUGUGAUGUGUGUGCUGGAACAGGAAAUGAAUGCAGACAGAGGAGGCAGGCAAGCUGAAACUGGCACAAAGCACUAGCGUGUAUACACACCCACCCACAUACAAGCAUACAGACACACACACUGGCCCUGAGCAACAACUGUCAGAGCUAAAACUUUGAGCUAUAGGUGGAACGACAAAGCAGUGGCGGCAAAAGACCGAAGCCUGUCUAAGACAUUAAGCGGAUUGAGUUUCUGAGAAAGGAAAAAAGAUUUAAAGACGAAGAAAAACAAGAGACGGAUCUAAUGUAAUUUGAACAAGGCAAGGAAACAAAGGUGUGGAGAAGAUGGUGGUCCGAUCCUGCCUGAGCAGGAGGGCCUUUCCUGAGCCUUGAUUCCAGCUUGAUUCCCUUAAGGGCUGAAUGGGUGAGACGGGUAAGAUGACGUCCUUACACAGUCUGGGCCUGGUAUUGGUGGAGUUUGAGUAUGAAUACGAGGGACGGGAUGGCCACAUGGUGUCCAUUAAACCCAACGAGCGCUACAUCCUCCUGUCCAAAACAAAUGAUCAUUGGUGGCAUGUGCGCAAAGAUGAACAAGCCAAGCCAUUUUAUAUCCCUGCUAAAUACGUAAAAGAGCUUCCACCCAACAUCCCUUCACCUCUGGACUUCAGAGAGCCUCCAGCCCCUGAUGUGAGGCUUGCAGUGCUUGACCUCGCAGAUAAACGCAAACCAGAUGAGGUGACAAUUAGACUUCGCUCCAAAGGGAAUUACCACAAGACAGAUAACCGCAUGUCGACAUUUGGUGUUCCUUUGGAUUUACAUGAGCCCCCUUCUUACAAACAUGGGGGACCUUCAGAUUCUCUCAUCUCCCUGAACACUGUUUCUGCCUCAGAAUCAUCACAGCAGAAGAAGAGGAUGAAUCACGCAACUAAUCUGCUGUUCGGCUCUCGCAAUGCUCCAGCUGAAACAGUGCCUGAAAAGCUUAGAGUUCCUAGCUUCAGCCCAGCUGACCCUCUCCAUAGACCUACCCCUGCCAAACCUGUGGAGCUCCCCGUCAUCAAGAACCUAAAUGAGACCAAGCCUCACAGGAAGUCUCCCGAGCUGGAAUCCCCAAUAGAGCCUGAAAGUGAAAGUUCCAGUUCAGAACCACUGCCAUCACCAGACUCGGAGAAUAUUUAUGAAUCCAUAUCAGACCUGAAUCUAGACCUGAUGUCACUGACAGAUAAAGCACCUGCUGGAUUGCCAAACCCUCAGACCAACACUUCAUGCUCACCUCCAACAAUAAAGACUGAGAAUGACCCCACCACUGCAGUGUAUGCUAAUGUUUCUGACCUGAAGAAGACCGUCCCUCGCUCUUCUAACUCCUCUGCCUCCACCUGCUCCUCACCCGGCAUCGCCCUCAGUCCCGCCCCAGAUACUGUCUCCCCGCCCAACUCGGCCGGAUGGCAGGUCCAUACUGACCACGACAGCGGAAAGGAUUACUACUACCACCCUGCUACAGGACAGAGCAGUUGGUCUGAUCCCCGUAGCCCCCACCCAGGAGCUGGUAUGGAGUCUGUGACCUCACCCAUGCCUGAGCCCACCCCAUCCUCAGCACAGGGCUCUGACUGGGUGCAGCUUUUGGAUGAGACCACUGGGAGACAUUAUUAUUAUAAUAGCACUUUGAAGCAAACCUCUUGGACUGCCCCAGAGCCAUCAUCAUCUCUGUCCUCCACGGACGAGGCACACAGUCAUGGCAAGGAGGCAGAUUUCCCGCCACCUCUUCCAGAUGAGGACUACCCAACGAAUCAGUGUGACGAUUCGCACAUUUCACUUCAACUCCCUAAAGAUUUUCAGUUGCCCCCAAUCAAGCGUGCCGUCAUCCCCAGGGCUGUUAUGGACCCACGUAAAGAUGCCCCUCUGGGCUGGACUCACUCUGUAGGGGCCGAUGGCAAAUCUGUCUACACAAGUGAUCUCACACAAGAAAAGUGGAUCCAGUCUAAGGAUGAAAAAGGGAAGUUGUAUUACCACUUAAAAGAUGGGUCUAAAUGUCAGUGGACCCUUCCAGAGGCUUCAGCCCCGCCCGGUCAGCCAAUGAAUGGAAACGGAAUAGACCAAGAUGCUCAACCUGUUUUGAACAACUGGAGAUACACAAUGGCCCAGUUCAACGUGUCUCAGGAAGACCUGAAAUUUUCCCCCUCACACAGGCGGAUCGCCUCUGACAACGCCAGUGAUGCAUCCAGCACAGGGAAUUCACCGGAAUCACAGCAUUACGAUAAAAAGUUAAGACGGCGGAGAAACCUGUCCAGUCAAAGCUCAGAUUCACAUUCUCAUCAUUCAUCACUGGAGAAGGCUGGGAUUCUCAACAAGACCAAAGUGGCUGAGAAUGGAAAGAGGCUGAGGAAGAACUGGGCGCAGUCGUGGACUGUUCUUCAUGAUGGCAUACUCACUUUCCACAAAGACCCUAAAUUUACACCUGCUGGGAUGUCUACCAAGUCCAAUCAGAUUGUUCCAGAGUACACAGUGGAACUGAAAGGAGCAACUUUAUCAUGGGCGUCUAAAGAAAAGUCAAGCAAGAAGAAUGUUUUAGAGCUCAAGACACGUCACGGCUCUGAGUAUCUGAUACAGUAUGACACAGACAGCAUCAUACAUGACUGGCACAAGAUUAUUUUGGACACCAUCAGACUGCUGCAGGACCAUGGCCAUUACUCAGAGGAUGAGGUGGAAGACAUCCCAGAAAAAUCUCUAUUGCCUGCAGAUAAAGACAAGAAGACUGAAUCAACAAGACUGAGUUCAUCAAGUAACACAGACAUAGAACAGGGCCGUGUUCGUACCAAGCUACGCAAGUUCCUCCAGAGGCGGCCCACCCUGCAGUCGGUCAAAGAGAAGGGCUACAUCAAAGAGAAUGUGUUUGGCUGCCACAUAGACACCCUCUGUCAUAGAGAAAACACAACUGUGCCCAAGUUUAUGGAAAAAUGCAUCAGAUCUGUUGAGAAAAGGGGUCUGAAAAUAGAUGGAAUCUACAGAGUGAGCGGGAACCUGGCUGUCAUCCAGAAGCUGCGAUAUAAAGCUGAUCAUGAAGAGGAUCUGGAUCUGGAGGACGGGCAGUGGGAAGAGAUCCAUGUGAUCGCAGGAGCUUUGAAGCUUUUCCUACGUGAACUUCCUGAGCCUCUUUUCCCCUUCAGCUUUUUUGAUAGGUUCAUCGCUGCUAUUCAAAUGAGUGACUACAGCCAGAAAGUGUCAUAUAUACGAGAUCUGGUGAGAAACUUGCCUUUGCCCAACCACGACACCAUGGAGGUUCUCUUCAAACAUCUCCGAAAGGUGAUUGAUCAUGGUGAGCAGAACCGCAUGUCUGUCCAAAGUAUGGCCAUUGUGUUCGGCCCAACGUUGCUGCGACCGCAGGAAGAGUUCAACAUCACCAUGCACAUGGUCUUUCAGAACCAGAUUGUGGAGCUCAUACUCAACGAGUUCAAUGAGCUCUUCCAAACCAAAUGAAAUUACCCGAUGAUACAACCAUCAACACAAUCUUCUGACAUUCCCAUCAUCUCUCCAGAGAAAGGUUACUGACCGAGUGGAUAUCAACUGUCCCAAUCAAUAUUUUUUUAUUAGAACUAAUAAACCGAAUGCAAUCUGUGUUUUUGGUACUGCUGAAAUCAAGAGAACAAAAAGCUGAAGGGAUCAUCAGCCGAUAUGAUCAAACCGAUCUUAUAAAGAAAGACAAAUUCUGAUUUGUCAAGGUUUUAUGUUUGAGACGAGACAGUUGUGGGAGUCCACGGUAAGAAAGAAAUAACGUACAACAAUUGCUUUGAAGAUAUUAGACAAGCAGAGCACAUACUUGUGCUUGUUACAGAAUAAUAUACUGUAUAUUAUUGCUACUCAUCCAAAAUGGUUCCUGUGGAACAACGACACUUUUCAGUUAGCCAAAUUUUUCCUGUGAGAUUUUUGUGCGGGUGUUGAUUGAACAAGCAAAGGUCCUCUACAAAGAUAUGGACAUUUGCUUGAUUUGUAAUUUUUCUCUGAACAAAGAUCUUGAUGAUGAGAGACCAAUGUGGAGGAAGCACAAUGAAUCUUAUCGCUGAGGAGACUGAGAUUUUGAGACGUACAUCAACUGUAUGACUAACCUUUUUCUUUAAUCUUUAAGAUCAAACAUUGUGACAGUACAAUGUACAGAAGUAUGAAAAUGAAUAUAAUGAACAAUAGAACAGUAUGCAGUAAAGUAAAAUGUGGAUGUGCGUUGUGUGUUGAAAACAAAGUGUGUGGAUGUAGACUAAAGCUGUACAUAUUUUACAUAUGUUGUUUAUAUAGAAAUAUGGUUAAAGAAAUAAUUGGCAAUUUCAUUUCUUUACAGAGAUAAAUAUUCUGUAAAUAAAACACCAUAUUUAAUUUCAUGCAAAUAUGUGCAUAGUUGUUACACUGGUAAUUACAGAAAUCUAGGACAUAUAUCAAGAAAUAAGAAAGAAAUGUUGUUUUUAGUAUUACAAGACUGCAUAUAUACAAUAAUUAUUGUGCAAGCCAGAUGAAAAAGAUGUACAUCAAUUUAAGAUAGUGAACAGAUAUUAUCACUGGACUAUAUAUCGAUGCAAUGUGAGAGACAAUAAAUAAAUAUGGUGCCUUCAUUUUCA